GCCUAAAUCUCCAGGUUUAUGUAGAGGACGCAUCAUUCCUCCGACUACAGUAUCUUAGCAUUGUGGGAUGUCCUUCAAGAGAGGCUGGUCCAUCAACUGGUGCCUGAGCGGCAAAGCACCCGGUGCUUGAUGCUGUAAAGGAUUCUCUUUUUCGAUGCCUUUGCUGCAUUCUGGCAGCAUUGUCCUACCUGGACAUAAACCUUGGUUUUCAUUUGAAGUGGCUGAAAUAGCGCACAUUUUGGCAUGUUACCAGUUGACGGAGCAAUCUCCGGAGCCCUUAAUACACCAUCACUUUGGUACAAUGCUGCCAGGCAUCACAACCGCGACCCACAUUCAAGAUGCAAGAGCGCAGAUCCUUGUAGGUCACCCUGGGCCAGCCUGAAGAUAUCCUGCCGCCUUUGUUGAGCUGGUGAGAACAUGGCAAAGGCACUCGCUGUCAGAACAGCGCAAGCCGUAGGCCCACUUUCCACGAAACAAAUCAACCAGCAUAGCAGUCUGCAAGGCAGUCUGUUUGGCAGCCAGGGGAAUGGCAAGACUCUCAGAACCAUUCUGUCAUUGAAAACUGGCUCUACGAGGCUGUUCCGUGCUCAGAAGUGCUUCCACUGCCGCAGCUUCCAUCCUUAUAACACAGAGGCCUCACACAGCCGGUGGAGGAAUGUGCCAGGAUUGGCUAGCCGUCCAGAUUACAGCAGAACUGGUCCUACUUUCCAUCGAGGGUUUCCAUCCGUUCCAUCAGGACAGAGACAUGAGCGGGAAGGAAGGAGAAGGGCCCAGCAUGGGCGGGCAAGAGCAGCGGCGUCGGACGAAACGGACAGCCGGGAAACUCUGCUUCCGCGCGCUGUCCUGGCCGAGCUUCGACAGAAGGGAGUGACCAUCUGGGAGUUCUAUUAUGACACCUCAGCAGAAGCGUACGGCGUAGGGGACUUUGGAGAGGAGGUGCGCGCCCUUCAGGGGUAUCUCAUGACCACAGGUGACUUCCGUUCAGAGCACGGGGCCACUGGUUACUUUGGACCCGAGACACAGAAGGCCCUUAGCAACUGGCAGCGGCAACACGGUGUCGAGCCGGCGCUUGGAGUGUGGGGCCCCUUCUCGCGAGACAAGUACAGGCAGCUAGUGGCGCAGGACGCUUCUCGUCGUGGGCUGCAGCGCAAACUUUCGAAGAAGCCAGCCGUGAUAGCCGCGGACAGACCGGGCCCGUCACCGCCAAGCGCAGUCGGAGAGGCCUCCCGUUCCCCUUCUUCCGCUUCCGUUUCCGUUCCGCUAAGCCCUCCCGCUGCGAGCCACGCCCGCGGUGGUCUUAGCCUCGCUCAGAGUCUCGUCGCAGCUUUUGCGAUUGUUGGAGUGGCCGUUUUAGGCGGCUUCUUACUACAACGAAACAAGGCUUCACGGAAAGAUAUCUCAGAUGCUCAGGAGUUGGACCGCGCAAGGAACAUGUUGGAAAUGGACCGGACAGGGGGGCCACAACCGGGGGAACGAGAAGCGGGCAGGCAUAAAGCAGCUCCGGAAGAACGGUAACACUGGGCAAUUUGCUGGUGCACUGAUUGUCGGUCAGAAUAUUCCAGAAUCUUUUGUGAAUCACUUUUGGCGCAGCAGGUAGAGCUUUCUGCAAGCAGCCGCCAAGUAGAAGUCUGGCGCAUGAGGUUCUGAAGACUUUGUGUAGGCCGUCUCUACUUUCACGUAUUGUUACUAAUGAUGGGUAUAUCGACAACGAUUCGGCACACAACGGUUACACCUUUGAGGCUAGCUGGGAUCAACUGGGCUCAUUUUGUGUCCAAGUCUGAUUCUGAG